AUGGGGAGUUUUCUGCGGUCCCUCGGUGCGUUGGCUUCCGUUUACGGUACCAACGGCCGUGACUUGGUCCGGUGCUACCGGGACGAGAAUGACUUCCGACUAAACGUGCAAGGUCGCUCAUGCAUCAUGAUGAAAACAAAUGUCGAGGAAACAAAUGUUGGAACCAUUUACCACCAGAGACCUAAACCAGAGGAAUACGAUGAAGGGCUACAAGCGGGAGUAACAUACUGCAACAUGGACAAGAGGCCAAGUUCCCCGCAACCUAACCAAGUUCAUCAAAUCGUCGAAAAGGGUGCACAAAUUAAAAGGUACAUUUCAGAUAUCUUGGGCGAGAGACUAUUAACCAUGCAGGGGCGACCGCCUGCCCACUUCAGCACUACCUACAAGACCCGGGAAGACAGCAAAAACACCGUGGACUUGACUGAGAAAACCUGCAACCGGAUUCUCUUAGCGUGUGGCAUGACGCUGGUCAUGCUGGUCAUCGGCGCGUCGCUGGUUGGCGGCAUACUGCUGGCAGUCGUGAAAUUGGAUGCUGCAGAAGACACGGUAACAGUUGCUGCCCUCAACCUAAAUAUAAACUGCCCGAGGGAUAUCGUCACGAGGGCCGAGCCAGGCGGACGACACGCUGUAGUUUCAUGGGAGAAACCGGAGCUUGAGACGGUACCGAGCAACGCCAACACGUCCGCCGUGAUAUUCGAGAGCAACUACGAGCCCAACACGUCCUUCGGCAUCGGAGACCACGAAGUCAUUUAUACUGUUACAGACUCCGAGGACAACCAAGAGACUUGCUCCUUUAAAGUGAAAGUCAGAGAUAAAGAAGGGCCGGUGUUUGUGAGCUGCCCCCAAAACAUCAAGAUCGUUACAGGCGAAAGUGACGGAAGUUUCCCUGACCCAACGUGGGAUACGCCAAAGGCUGCAGACAAUGCCGGCCAGCCGAGAAUCACGACAAACUACGGCGGAAGCCGAGCGUUCGAGCUCGGUACCACGGUGAUUCGUUACACGGCAACCGAUGCUGCCGGGAACGUCGCAAGAUGCGUAUUCCACGUCACAAUCAUAGAUGGUACACCGCCGGUCAUUCUAGGUUGUCCAGAUGACAUCACCGGCACCACGGGUCGACCCGAAUGGAGACAACCUACGGCAGUGGACAACGGGCAGCUGGUCAGUUUUGAGUCCGACUGGACACCGGGAGAUACCUUCCCACAGGGCCGCACGAGGGUUACGUACGUGGCCGAGGAUUCGGUGGGACUGAAAGCCGAAUGCAGUUUUGUUGUUGCAGUAGUAGAUACGGAAGCUCCAGUUUUCACCUACUGUCCGACAAACAUUACGGUCACGACCGACGAACACGGUAUAUUCAAGGUACCCACCUGGCAGACCCCGCGGGCGACUGACAGCUCUGGGCCCCCUCGCAUCACCGCCAAUCAGGGUGAAGCAGAGUACCACCUGGGCCGGCCCAACGAAAUGGUGUACGUGGCUACUGAUUCGUUUGGCAAUAAUGCGAGAUGUAGCUUUUAUGUGACGGUGAAAGUUCUGCAACUUCUCCGAACUUCUUCAGACGGCACCCCACCAACUAUCCACGGCUGCCCGUCCGAUAUCUCACAGCCAACUGACAGAGGGGUGCCCACUGCUCAUGUCUACUGGAGCCCGCCCACAUCGAGGGACAACGGCGAGAUAGUGGAUUUCAACUCCAACCAACUACCUGGGGACACUUUCUCACUAGGCGCCACGAAAGUCGUGUAUACUGCAGUGGAUUCGGCAGGAUUGAGUACUGAAUGCAGUUUUACUGUUACAAUAAGAGAUCUAGAGGCACCCAAAUUCACGUUCUGCCCGUCAAAUAUCGAAAAGAAUACCGACCAAGACGGCAACUUUGACCCGCCCACCUGGCCGGUUCCCAUAGCGACUGACAACACCGGGCUGCCACAAGUCUCGACAACUUACAAGGUUGGAGAGUUUCGGCUGGGUGUGAAAACGUCAGUGAAAUACACAGCUACAGAUGCGUCUGGCAAUAAUGCAACGUGCCUGUUUUAUGCCACAGUAGUAGAUCAGACACCACCAGUCAUCAGUGACUGCCCCACAGACAUCACCAUCACCGCAGACCCCAACGCCCUGACUGGGCGUGGCAACUGGACCGCGCCCACAGCCACUGACAAUGGGGUCCAGGUCACCUUGACAUCCGACGCAGAGCCAGGUGAUGGGUUCCGCAUUGGCAGAACAAGGGUGACGUACACUGCUGUGGAUAACGCAGGGCUGAUGGCAAAUUGUCAUUUUACUGUGACUGUUCUAGAUGGGACCCCGCCAACUAUCCAUGGCUGCCCGUCCGAUAUCACACAGCCAACGGACAGAAGAGUGCCCACUGCUCGUGUAUUCUGGAGUCCGCCCACAGCACGGGACAACUGGGAACUAGCGGAUUUCAACUCCAAUCAACUACCCGGGGAUAUUUUCUCACUGGGCUCCACAACAGUCGUGUAUACUGCAGUGGAUUCUGCAGGAUUGAGUUCUGAAUGCAGUUUCACUGUUACAAUAAGAGAUCUAGAAGCGCCCAAAUUCACGUUCUGCCCGUCAAAUAUCGAAAAGAAUACUGACCAAGAUGGCAACUUUGACCCGCCCACCUGGCCGGUUCCCAUAGCAACUGACAACACCGGACAGCCACAAGUCACAGCAUACAAGUUUGGAGAGUUUCUACUGGGUGUGAAAACGUCAGUGAAAUACACCGCUACAGAUGCGUCCAGCAAUAAUGCAACGUGCCUGUUUUAUGUAACAAUAAUAGAUGGGACUCCACCAGUGAUCAGCAACUGCCCAAUGGACAUCACCAUCACUGCCGACGCCCAUGCCCCGACUGGGCGUGGCAACUGGACCGCGCCCACAGCCACUGACAAUGGGGUCCAGGUCACUUUGACGUCCAACGCAGAACCGGGCGAUGGGUUUCGCAUCGGCAGAACAAGGGUGACGUACACCGCUGUGGAUAACGCCGGGCUGACGACAAAUUGUCAUUUCACCGUGACUGUUCUAGACAACGAAGCACCAGUAUUCACCGACUGCCCGGCGGACAUUUUCCGGACCACAGACGCUUCAGGCAAGUACGCCUACCCAAUCUGGCAGACUCCGCAGGCCGUGGAUAACUCAGGCGACCCGCCGGAGGUCGCCACUACACACAGGUUUCAGAUGUAUGGGCUUAACUCCCGCACGCGCAUCGAGUACACCGCGACCGACGCAUCUGGAAACAAUGCGACAUGCGUCUUCUAUGUUUCAGUCACAGAUGGCACCCCGCCCGAGCUGCAGAACUGCCCCGACGACAUCACCCUAUCCACGGAUCCCAACGCCUCCACCAGCCAGGUCAACUGGUCCCUGCCCACAGUCGCGGACAACAGCCGCAGCGUGGACCUGACCUCUGACUGGCAGAACGGCGACCUGUUCCCGCUGGGGAGCACCGUGGUGACUUUCACUGCAGUGGACCCCUCGGGAUUGACCACGAAAUGCCACUUCACAGUGACUGUAAUCGACACCGAGGAUCCAAUCUUCCCGUACUGCCCGCUAGACUUUGAGAGAACCACCGAUGCUGAAGGCAAGUACCAACUGCCGGUAUGGGAGACACCCACAGCGGUGGACAACUCCGGCCAGGUGGAAGUCAGCACUACGUAUGAUUUUGCUCCGUUUGAACUCGGCGUGACGACGCCGGUGGAGUACACAGCAACAGACCCGGAUGAUAACGAAGCCACGUGUAUAUUUUUUGUGACUAUCCUAGACGGCACCCGACCGGUCAUCACCAACUGCCCCCUGGACAUCACCCUCCCCACGGCCCCCCACCUUCGCAUAGCCCGGGUCGACUGGACCGAGCCCACAGCAGAAGACAACAGCGGGUAUGUGCGACUGACACCCAACCUGAGUCCUGGGGGUAGCUUUCCUCUAGGCAAGACGAAGGUGGUCUACACGGCCACUGACGCCGCAGGACUGAGAGAUAGGUGCCGGUUUACUGUAACCGUGGAGGACACCGAAGCCCCCGUAUUCGAUUCCUGCCCUCAAGACAUCAUCAAAGAGACCAAUGCGAAUGGCAAGUUCGACUACCCUACGUGGUCCUACCCCCACGCCGUGGACAAUUCAGGCGUCACCCCCGACAUCACGACCACCUCCAGCUUUCAGGUGUUUCCUCUAGAGGAGACCACGCCCAUCGAGUAUGUUGCCACAGACCAGGCUGGGAAUACAGCAACGUGUCAGUUUUAUAUAACUGUCAGAGACCGUACUCCACCAGAGAUCACAGACUGUCCCGGCGACAUCACCGUUUCUAUCGAUUUCCGGUCAGCCACCGGCCAUGCCAUCUGGACGCUGCCCGUUGCUUCAGACAACGGUCGGCUGGUCAGCUUCGAGUCCAACUGGAACUCCGGUGACAGCUUCCCCGCUGGCGAGACCAACGUCACGUACAUUGCCCUGGAUUCCGUGGGACUCACCUCAAAAUGCCAGUUUACGGUGACUGUCGAAGCGAGAUGCAACUUAUCCCUCUCCACCCCUGCCAUGAGGAACACGUACCAGUACCGCUUUCCCUUUCCCAUCGCCCGGCCGACAACUGAUGACUCUCCGACGCCUCUCCAAUUCGACUUUGCUGUCCGUUCAACUGGAACGGUCUUCGUCGCCCUGACUGAGGCUGAGCAGAGUACCGAAGUCUAUGAGAUAGGUCUAGGAAGGAGCAAGACGUUCAUCCGGUGCGGCGUCCAGUGCAAACCCCACUACAUCACCGUCAAAGUGCCCCACCUGAUGUCCGCCACGAAGUACCGGCACUUCUGGGUCACGUACGACGGCACCAGAGGGCUGGUCCGAGUAGGCAGAGGGAAGGAGGCACCAUUCAUGGAAUGGCAGGAUCCGUCCUCCACCCCUCUGGACGUUCAACGGCUCGGGAUAGCGUCCUACCAGGAGGCGGAUUGGAAGGGCUACCUGUGCAGAAAUGGUACCAGUCGAGGGAUGGGUUGGUUAUAACACAAUGUAACACUCAUGCUAUAAUAGACUAUACCAUGGUAUAUUUCAACACCAAUGCACUAUCCUUAUUCCUAAAUAACACUUGCACGUUUUCACUUGCUUGCAAUACCAGUUUAAAAAUGUAUGCAUUAUUUGUAGAGGGUUUAUGUAUUGAAAAGUAUUAAUAUAAGUACUUAAUACCAGAUUUCUUGCAGUUAUUGCCAGAUCACAAGUGAGAUGCUUUGAAGUAAUAUAUAACUAUUUCAGCUAGCAAAACAGCUGAAGCAGAAAAAGAGUUAUCAGAAAAAGGUACUUUUUGAGCAAUGAAUAAUUGUCUAUAUUACACUUUUGCCAAAUAUCAUUUAAACUUCAUUGUUCAUGUAGAUGUGUACUUACAUUGUGAUACCUAAUCCUUCACAUUUGCUUUUAAAUUUGUACUUUUGUGUCUAAAUCUAUGUGUAAGUUUAAAUAAGUUCUUCUCUUAUGAUUUCAUCCUUCUCAAGAAAAAAAACUGUUUUACAAUUCACUGAAUACUCUCCAAAGAUUUGUGUUGACCAAAAUCUAAACAACAUUUUGCUUUAUCAAUUUAGAUUUUGUACAGAAUUGAUUGAAACAUUUGUGUUAAUACCAUUAUAUUGAAUGUCUUAAAUACUGUAUAGUUAUAUAUUUAAUAGAAUAUUGUAUUCAUACUUGAUUACGAUAUUUAAAUUUGUGCUAAAACUUUUAAGAAAUUUUGCCAACAGAUUCUUUUAUAGUCUCUAAUGUCAUUUGUUUGUCGUUGGCAUACACGUUCAAAGUAUAUAUAGCAUGCUGGUUAUGGGUUAUACAAAGUGGUCCACAAAAAUCUGUUGUGUCUAAUGUUAUACCCUAUCGAGAUUCUGCUAAAAAUUUAUGAGCAUGAUAAAUGCACUAUUGUUUUCUAUACUCACUGCUGGCAGUGGGAAAAACCCCAAGUCUUUAUAAGGGUAAAACAGAAAUGAAAAAUGAUUUAUCAUUUAGUAAUACUUAAAAAAAGUCUAAUACAUUGUAACAGAGUUGUCCAAGUCCUUACAAAUUCGCAAAGUCAUCCAGUGCAAGUCACAAAGCUAUCCAAAGAAACUGUUACUGUUCGUUUGUAAUAUUUUUGAAAGAAUGUAGUAUCCGGAUGCCACUUCAGCGGCUGUGUACAAAGUCUAUGGAG